AUGGUGGUUGUCGCGGGGCAUGGUCUUCCGUCCCCGGACAAGGCCAAAUUGCUUGUCAUGAACCAUGAAUAUGGUCAGUCAGAAGCGAGAUCGAUGUUACCGACGACGACGCAGGAGGAGCCCUACUUCACGGCAGCUCUGAUGUGCACUCCACGCAAGCGCAACUUUGGCCUCUCCUGGCGUGCUCCAUUUGGCCUACUGUACGCAGAAAACCCUGCAUCGAUUGUGUGCUACUGCACCUACACCACCGCUCCGCCGACCAUCUCUAUCGCCCGCGAGCUCUCUGCCCCGCCGUCGCCAUACACUGGUCCGCUAAUUGUUGCGCUACACUUUGGCUUGGCGUCAGUGCGAACAACGGGCCCAUCACCCAGCCCACGAAGGCUUUUCUCCGGUUCGCAACUCCGCCCAGCCGCGUCUGCGGUCAUGAACAACCACAACUAUAACGACAUGUAUUAUGACAAUAACGCCAACCGCUCGCCGACGUCGCAGCGCCAACAGUCCCUUCAUCGCCAGUCCUCGCGACAGCAAUUCGAGCCUGCGUACGGCCACCUACCGUCCGGCCUAUACACGGCCGAAGAUCACGCCGCGAGCUACAACGGCAACAGGUUCACUGAUAUGAGGAAUGCUACUGUCAGUGGCUAUGCCAAUGGGUAUGACAUGGGUGGACAAUCGUGGAAUGCCGGCGCCUUUGGUCAGAACAACACCCUGAACGGACUGAGCAAUGGAGGAAGCAUGAGGAAACCACCCUCUCGAGCAGGUCGAGCUGGUCUGCCAACUGGAUGGAUGGACCAAGCUCCACCGAUGCCGCUGAAUCCAUACGCCGGUGGAUACGGCCGACACGACAUGAGCUCAGAGCCAGACGAAGACCUCAUCCCGACCGCAAUCGUGAUCAAGAACAUUCCAUUCGCCAUAAAGAAAGAGCAGCUUGUGGGUAUCAUGACCGAGAUGGGCCUGCCAUUACCGUACGCGUUUAACUACCACUUCGAUAAUGGCGUGUUCCGUGGUCUCGCUUUUGCCAAUUUCACGAACCCGGACGAGACCGCUGCAGUGAUCGACUCGAUGAACCAUUUCGAACUCAACGGAAGAAAACUACGAGUGGAAUACAAGAAGAUGCUGCCCGCGCAAGAGCGUGAGAGGAUUGAGAGGGAGAAGAGAGAGCGCCGUGGACAACUUGAGGAGCAGCACCGGCCGAUACCUGCUCACGCACUGCAGACACAGCCCUCGGUAUCAUCGCUGUCAUCUCGCGUCUUGGCGGGUUCGCCGUCUCCAGUUUCGGCACGCAACCCUCAGAUGGGAGCUUCGUUUCCUCCAGCGGAUGCAGGUGUCGAAGUCGAUCUCAACGACCCACAGGCUCUGCAGCACUACUCGAAGCUGCUGCUUUUCAAGGAGGAUCCGUCGCGUGAUCUGCUCGUGUUCGCUCCGUCGCUCUCCCCUCCCGAGAGGAGAAUUGUGCACACGCUCGCACAUCACAUGGGUCUCGGCCACAUUUCCAAGGGCGAGUCCGACCAUAGAGCGGUCCAUGUGUACAAGGAGAGUCGUCGCCUUAGCCCGCCCAUGCCUACCUUUCCUCAUCUUCAAGCCGACAACCGCCGCGCUUUGAACCGCGCCGCGACCACCGACUUCAGCGACGUGCGCGCCAAUGAGCAGUACUACGCCGGGACGAACUUGCGUCAUCAAGCUUCUGGGUAUCUUGGCGGCUACAACGACGGAGCAGGCCUCGCAGCUGCCAGUAACCUUCGAUCUGCCAAGUCAUUCGCAGAUCUAAGAUCUUACACUCCUUCACCAGUUCCGUCUACUGCGAGCUUCCCAGCUGCACUGAGCCACAAUGUUGCGCGUCUCCAAGAGUUCGGCAGAGAGAACGCUCAGUCGACCACGCCAACUCUGAUGACUCCCGCGAAUGGUAUGGGCGAGCGUAACGACCCCUCGAACAACAUCAUCAAUGGCCUUGGCAACAUGUCGCUCAACUCAGGCUUCGCCGGCAGCCCACGCGGUCUCCGUGGCUUCCCAUCGUGGGAUCGCGAGACUCCAGGCGCCAUCGGUAGCAACAGAUCUUUCAGCACCAACUUUGAAGACCGUUCUCAACCCCGCCAGGGCGGACCUGAGCGUCAGCCUCGCGGUCCACUUCCGGAGCGCGGCGCCGGAUUCCCGCGCCGCCAAAACGGCCACACCCACCGCAACAGCGAUGAACUGUCCCAGCGAAGCAGCGCCGCCGAGAUCACUGUCGAGCACUAG